CGAUGUACCAGAUUGGCGUCGUUUGCGCGUCGUCAAGCAUUGUGGUCCAGGUGCCCAAACGGCAGCAGACGCUCUUCUCGCUGACCGGAAGCGCCGCCCGCCAUUGGGCCCUUUCCGGCGGUGAGUGUCAUCAGCGGCUGAAAGGCGAAAUUGCGCUCAUAAACAAUUCAAAUGCGGUGAUUGUGCCGGGAAAUUGGCCCUUGGAUGAGUGGUCUUCGGCCUUUGAAGGCGCGGAUUGCUGGAGGUGCGGUCGAUAAGGUCGCACGCUGGACUCGCGCAUGGUUGUACCUGUUGCCCGCGAUGGUCCACGGGGAUGCUGAGCGGAUACCGACCUCAUUAUCGUACACAUACUAGCGAUUAGGGGGUAAUUAGUGUAGUGAUGUGGUGCGAGAGGAGGGCGGGAGACUGCGGACUGGCAUAAGUCUCUCCGGUUCACCACUCCAGUGAUUCAGUGCUAGAUUUGAACAUCCGUUAAAAAAAAAAAAAAACUGGAACAUGCAUCAGAGAGCAUUUUUAGGAGCCGGUUGGGCUCGAGGUGGUGCUUCAGAAGUAGUCCGCAGAGCACAUCCUGCAUCCGGAGCACAAUGGAACGUACAAGUAGUGAGAGGAAAAGUGAACGGGAAAUGUUUAUGGAAUGCUUGCAAAGCGCUUAGUCUCGGCUUACUUUUAAUGGUGUUAGGAGCAGCAAUGGCCACGAUAGGGUAUUAUGCUGAUCACCUUUCAAUUGCUCAAGAAGUUAGAGGUAACCAUACAGUUCGUAUUAAAAACGAAACGAGAGGUUUUCAUCUCAAUAAUCUUUCAUAUGCCGGUCCUAUAGUGAUGGGCGUGGGAGGUUUUAUUGUAGUAGCAGCUUGCGUAAUGACUUUUGAAGCACGAGAUUCUGCUGCAAAAGUCGUUCCAGCACGUUUGAAAAUGAGCACAAAUGGUCCUCCCAGCGGUGGUUCUUAUGGAGGAGGAUACACCAGCCAUACGCACGGUGGUUACAGUGCUCAUGGUUCACUGAGAACUUCGGGAUCACAGACUGGUAGUGUUCAUCAGUCUUCCUCCCUUACACAUGGAAGAACUACCACAGACAGAAGAGCGUUAACAGAAUCUUUCUUAAACUUUUCUCGAGGCCUUUCUUUAAAAACUCAAUGCAGAAAUUCGCUCAAAGUGCCACAGGGUUCUAUUAAUAAAAGUCCGUCAGCUCCAAAUUUAGUUUUAGAACAUCGUGUAGAUAGUCAAGAACGAUCUUCACCCGUGUUAAAUAGAUAUGGUACAGAUAAGUCAACUUCUAAGUCUUCUAGGAGAACCUUUGCCAACUGUGCUCUUCUAAAUCCAAGUCUUUUGCACAGGCACGCUCUAUCCGUGGACGAAACAGCUGCUGCUAGCUAUAGAUUAAGUCACGAGUCCCUCCAAGGAAGUGGAAGUCAGGGUUCGUUAGCACUAGAUCUUCAUCUGGAAUGUCCAGUAACAUUAAGAAUUCAUGACCGUCGUAGGAAUCCCCUAAUGCGACAGAAACGUGUAGAUGAAGAUGAACGUCAUGCGUAUGAUGAUAGUUCUCGAAGGAGUUCACAUUCGUGUUCACCUAGAAUACCUGUACAUUUUAAAGAUUUUAAAAGUGGUAGUGGCGGUUCUACUCAUCAGUUACCUUUACAUGUACCAUACACUAUAUCACGUAGACGUAGCUCUAAUGCAUCAGAUUCUACACAUCGAUCUAGAACCAAAAGAAGAGAUUAUCCUCAUCACCGCGGAAAAUUAGAACGAGCAAUAAGUUCAGACUCAAGACUGAUGGGUGCCAUGUCUAAGACUCAUCGUCAUUAUUCACCUACACACGGUUCCAUAGAACAGGAACCAGGAGGUUCUAGUUCAGACACCGACAUUCGUAAAGUACAUGGUGUUGUUCAUUUUUAUAAACAUAAUUAAUGACUUUUACUUAUAUAUUUGUCGUUAAUGUUGAUGAUUAUACAACUAAGAUCUGACUGUGAAAAAAAUGUAUAAACGAAAUUUAUACACAGUUAAGAAUUCUUUUGACAUCUGAACAUACGAAUGUAAAUCGUUCUUAAACUUUUACUGUUAUAUUUUUAUAAUGUAAUUGAAGAAAUUUGUAGCUGAGGCUGAUGUAAUUACUACAGAUUUUGUACUGAACAAAAGUUACUAUGUAUUAAAAAAAUAUCAUUUAAAUUUAAAAAUUGCGAUGCCGUCCGUGCACGGUCAUAGUUGUGGGAAAAACGUAAAAAAUUACUUGUAUUAGGAGUAAUAGUUAACCACAAGUUAAUAUUUUUUUACUUAAUUAAACUUUUAUUUGCACUGUCUUUGUUAUCGAUAUGUGGUACUAUAGUAUAUUUAUAUAAAUUAAUUAUUUAAAAACUAUACUUUUUUAUUAAAAUAAAUGCAAAUUGUCGUCCAAAAAUAAAAUAUGGUCAAAUUAUAAAGACAAUGAUAUUAUUGUCAUAUCUCAUAAAGUGAAAGAAAAAUUAUGCUCACAGAAUAUAAAUUGUAAAAAAGAUUUUAUUUCACAGAAUUAAUCGACCACAUUUAGAAAUCACGAUUUAUUUUUGGUAUAUUACAAACUAAAGGAACGAUUUUGUUAAACGAAGAUUAUUUGCAUU